AUGGAGCAGACAUCCCCAAAAGGAGGGCCUUCCUCUCCAGCACCACGCGAACCAAAACUCCAUCUCCCUUCAACAACCGAUCCACCGGGCCCCCAGAAUCCCGCCAAACCCCUCGUAUGGCUGGUAUACAACCCCUCCCGCACAAAAACCACCAACACACUUAACACAUCUCAGAUCUUCGGCGCAACCGGCCACAUGGGCCGCUCCUUAGUAAAAACCGCCCUCACAAACAAUGACCUAGUAGCAGCCGUCGGACGGACAUACGAGAACAGCCCCGCAGCAAUGAAAGAGCUCGAAUCCGCCAACUGCAUCGGACUCCUCUGCGACGUACGAGCACGCGAGACCGUAAAACGCGUGAUAGACCAGACAAUCGCGCACUUCGGCCGAAUCGACAUAAUCGCAAACUGCUCCGGCUACGGCGUCAUCGGCGCCUGCGAAGACCAAGAUGAAUUCGACAUCCGCAACCAAUUCGAAACAAACUUCACAGGAACCCUGAACAUGAUCCAGCUGUCGCUGCCGCAUUUCCGCCAGCGUCGCGCGGGCAGAUAUCUCAUUUUCAGCUCGACGUCUGGUGCUCUCGGCGUGCCCGGGCUUGGACCUUACUGCGCCUCUAAAUACGCUGUCGAGGGCUUGAUGGAGAGUAUGCUGUAUGAGGUGGAUAGUUUUAAUAUUAAGGGUACGCUUGUUGAACCGGGUCAUAUGCGUCGGGACGAUAUUGGGGAUUUGGUUUCUUCGUCUGCGCUUGCUCCGAACCCCUCUGAACAUCAGCUUUCGUCGCCUUUGCCGCUGUACGGUCAUUUCUUGGUUAAGCCGCCCAGUGAGCCGUAUAAUACGACUACGUCGCCGGCGGCGCAUGCGCGUCGGAUGCUCAUGUGGUUGGGUGAUAAGCAGCCUGCUAGUGCGGUUAAGGCGGCGCAUUUGGUCUGGCAGCUUGGGCAUUGCUCUUACCCGCCUCUGAGGCUGAUUCUGGGUACGUAUGCUGUUGAGAGUGUACGGGAUCGGUUGAAGUGUAUUAUUGAGGAGAUUGAAGAUUGGAAGUAUCUCAGUUUUCCGACGGGUGAGACGCAGGCGGCUGGAGGACGUGAGAGAUCUUCUGCCCAGGAGGGGGGUGAAGGGAAUGAAUUGGGCAACGGAUGA